CCACGGCGUUUCAACACAGCACACCAGCAUUACCAAAAAAUCGCAAUCAUGAUAACGUUUUUUGAAGACGAAGAUGUUCCUCGUGUGUUUUUUAUCAAUGGUCAUGAGUUCAUAUCUUCCCGAAGGAACUUGACUGGCGGCUAUAUACAGUACUGCGAACAAUGCUGUUGCAUGAUUUGGACCUUUCUGCAGAAGUGGCAGUAUUGCCGCUUAUGCGGUUAUUGUGCUCACAAGCGAUGUAUCAGCCGAAUUUGUCAGUGUUGUGUUAGCGUCUUGGUAAUCAUCGCGAAUGAUCAUUUUAAACGGCUUUUUAAGGUGAACGAAAAUCCUGCAUACGAGCUGUCCAUUUGCCCAGAGCAAGGGCUGUUUAUACAAAAAUACCGAUGCCGUGACUGCAGGGAGCCGAUUUUGAUCGAUACUAUGAAGCCAGCAAUCCUUUGUGAUUACAGCGGGUACUACUACUGUGGACGUUGUCACUGGAAUGAAACGGCAGUGAUACCUGCUCGAGUGAUUCACAACUGGGACUUUGAACCGAGGCCUGUACGUUUAUCGUUAGAGCAUGUUUGUAGCCGUGGCAAGCAACUGAAUGUGGUGAAAUGCCUGGGACUCUUUUCCUCUUAG